UUUAUAGUUUCUUGUAGCAAGCAACCAAAAACUCGAAGAGAGAAAACAUGGCAGUCGCAUCAUCACUCUCAUCCCAAUUCUUCCACCACCUCCUCCGCCCACCUCAACCUCAGCCGCCACUACCACCCCCACCACCUUCCUCAUCUUUCUUUUCUUUGUUUCUCAAACCCCUUCCUAUCCCAACUACCACAACAACAACAACAUUAACAAAAACAAAAACAACAAAAGCAAUAACAACUCUAUCCAAAUUAAGCCCACUCUCUACAACCCACUUCACCAAAUCCCUCCCUCCUCUCUUCUCUCACUCUCUCUCCUCUUUCUCCACUCUCUCUCACCCUUCUCCUACACAACAACAACAUGUAGAAGAAGAAGAAGAAGAUGAUGAUGAUGAUGAAGAAGAAGAAUAUGAUGGUGAAGAAGAUGUGAGUGGAAUUGAAGAUUUGGAAGUGGGAAUGACAGAAGGGGAGGAUUCUGAAAAGGGUGUGGUGGAAAAAGCUUCUUCCUUGAAUGUGAAGACAAAUGGGGAUUUGGAAUUGAAGCUGCUACCGAGUCUGACUGUGAAGGAGAAGAAGGAUUUAGCUUCGUACGCGCAUAGCUUGGGAAAAAAGCUCAAGUCCCAGUUGGUGGGGAAGUCUGGUGUUACUGCUAAUGUUGCUACCUCUUUCAUUGAGACCCUUGAGUCUAAUGAGCUUCUAAAGAUUAAAAUACACAAUACCUGUCCGGGGGAGCUAGAUGAUGUGGUGAAGCAAUUAGAGGAAGCAACUGGUUCAGUGGUUGUUGGUCAGAUUGGUAGAACUGUGAUUAUUUACAGACCUAGCAUCACCAAGAUGAAGGCAGAGGAGAAAAAGAGGCAGGCUCGGAAAGUUUUUGUGAGAAAAGAUUCAAAACCGAAACAUACAUUGCUGAACAAAGCACAACAGCGCCUAUCUGGGCGUGGUCGUCGGGGAAGCAGUAGGUUUAAGCUUGAAAGUGACAUUUGAGGCAACGCAUGUGUGGAUACUUAAUGUUGGAUUUUGGUGCCAAUUUCAACUUCAAUUCUAAUUAACUGGGAAUCCUGUCGACUUUGUAGCUAAUAGGAGGGGCAUGCAGUUAGAAUGCCAGUCAAACUUUGUAGCCAAAGAGAGAUCAUUUCUGUGUUUCGUGAUACUUAGGACGCCAGUUAAAGAAGAGCGAGUUACCUUUGGGAGUACUUGCACUUCAAUGGCACUCCAUUGAGUGGUAACUGUAGAACUAGAAUGGGAUUGUUUUGGCAGAUCAAGAGUGCAGAGUUAUUUCUUCUGUCAAAGACAUGAAUUUGAGCUGAAUCAAACGCACAUCAUUGGGCUAGUUCAAAGAUGUAUUCCUAGUUGCAAUCAGAAGUAACAUAUGCAUGUUAUGUGAUAUUUACCAUGAUAA